AUGGCCAAAUCAUAUUCAAAGUCAGAAUUCCACAUGUUAAUAGAAAAAGUUGAGGCAACUGAUAUUAGGGUGAAGAAAUAUUUAGAAUUGGCGGGUUACGAAAAGUGGGCUAGGUCUUAUGCAACAGUUUACCGAGAAUGGACUUUAACUUUAAACAUUGCGGAGUCAAUAAAUGGAGUGCUUGUAUCAGCUAGAGAACUGUCAAUUUAUGACUUUCUUGAGGAAGUUCGAUUACUGUUUGCAAAAUGGAAUUGUGCAAAUAGGCAGGAGGAUUCAUAUACCUUCACAACACUUAUUGAAAAAUUUAAUGACAUACUCAGUGAGAAUGAGGCUUUGUGUAUCCGUAUGACGGUUGUACUAGAUAUAGAAUAUGUGUAUACGGUAGACGACAAACAAAAGCACUUCAUUGUUUGCAUCAAGGAAAAAAAGUGUUCAUGUAAUUCUUUUCAAAUAAAUGAGAUACCAUAUGCACAUGCUUGUGUGGUGUUGGAGAAAAAGAAUUUUGACAAGGGGCCAUACUGUUCUGAUUUUUUUAAACCAAAAACUGUUUUGAAGACAUAUGAUGUUCCAAUCUACCCGUUGCUACACAGCGAUGACUGGAUAAUUCCAGAGAGCAUACUUGAUGAAAUAGUACUGCCUCCAAAAUUCAAAAGACUUCCAGGAAGACCUGCAAAGAAGGAUCAUAGAAAAUCAGGCCGGGAUAUGUUUGGAAAGAAGAAUAUAAACUCAUGCG